AUGACCAGCCCUGGAGCUAUGGCCAACAACAACUCCCUCGAGAAGCUCAUCAACGGCUUCUACGGAGUGCCGCUGCCGCCGCGACUUCCGCCCGCAUCAACCAAGCGUAUCCCCGACAUCGCAUGGAGAGGUGACGGAGUGGAUCCGUUUUUCUAUGGAGGCAGACUCUCAACAGAAGCGCCGGACCAGAUGCAAUCCAAGAAGAUCUGUCGUCGUCGUGCAGACCUCGAGUACCUUGGCCAUAGGCAUCUUCACUACUUGGACCUCGCCGUUGUGAUCGGCCCAAAGUCCAAUGAGAGGGACUGGCUUGAACGAAGGGGGGCAAUGAAGCAGGAAGUAUCCAUCAUGCAUGGCAAGCUAGCCGCACGGGGUAACAUGCAUGAACCCGCUACCUCAUUGAACCUGGAGAUCGCCCAGAAGUGGACCAAGGAUCAGGAUGUCAGGAUGCACUGGGUCUAUUCUUUCCCCGGAAGAGACACAGUCAAAACGAUGGGUAUGGCUCACGGGCAGAUCAUUUUGUGA